GAGGGCAAGGCCCCAAACACAACCGCGCAGUCACACAACACAACCGAGUCGGGGCGCUUAGCCUGCACUUGGAGGCUUACAUUGGGUUUCCAUCUUGGAGUUCGUUGUUUCGCAAAUAAAUUUCAAGCCCCCGCUGUAUUCCCAGCUGAGCAGCAUCUUCAAUGGAUGCGGUCAUUGACCACUUAUUCCGACCAUCCCUUGACGGAUCACAUGUGCUCCGGGAGGCUGGUUGUAUCUCCAGAGAAAUGAUGACUGUUGUUGGUCAUUUAUAGGAAAUUCCUUCACAUCUGGGUAAUGAACAUGCAUCGUAAGGGUGGAUAUAAAAGAAAUCGGCUGAAGAAUCAACCUGCCCCGAGUCAGCGGUUUCGUGUAUUGUUAGUAUCGAAGCAAGGAAGAAAAUAGA